UUAUCUCUCGGCUUCCAUUUUCGAAACGCGGCAAAGAUCUUCGCCAGCCUUUAAUCUGCGCCUGCCCAGAAGAACAUAUAUCCGCACAGCGCGCCGUGCUAGCUAGCAAGCAUUCCUGGCUCUCCCGUCAAGCACCACGCACGCACAUCGCCAGGCUCAGGGCUCCUGCUGGCUUGCUCCCGGCCGAGCGCUCAGGAGGGAGGAGGCGAUGGCGGCCGUGUUGGACGCGUGGCGCAGCAAGAGCGCGGCCAUCACGUCGUGGUGCGUGUCGGCGCUGUGGAGCGGGCUCAGGCGAAGGCACCGGCGGACGGCGUACGCCCUCGGAGCCGGUGGGCUCAAGCUCAACUACGACGCGCUCAGCUACGCCCAGAACUUCGACGACGGGAGCUGCCCCGGCGAGUGCGAGCCCGACUUUACGGCCAGGUUCGCGCCCGCUGGAGCGCGGAGGCCGUCGAUCACUUGCUGUCCUUAGGAGAGCUAGCUCAUCGCUGUUUGUAGUUCCGGCCCGGCGUGUGUGGUGGUGGUGGUAUUGUUGUCACCUUCCAAGUAUGUCUCUCUCGCGUGCGUGUCUAGUUACUCUUGGUAGUAAUCGAGGUCAUGCUAGGUCUAUAUAUCUUGGCUGGAUGGGUGUGGGUGUGCGUGUGCAAGUAUUUAGAGUGGAGGAACCAAUAUUGUUUGGAUUAUGUGGACCGAUGAGCUCAAAGUUACUGUGCAUACUGCUUUUCACUAUAUUUUAGCUAAUGUAGUUCACGUGGCGUCUGGGGUCAGCUUUUGUCUCAUUUGUAUAUAUGGUGACCCCUAUCAUAAGCAGACUAAUGUCAUCUGGGACCAAGUAGCGUCUUUUGUUUAUGAUAACCUAAGUAAGCCCAUGGUUUGUAUGGGAGACUUGAAUGAUAUCCUGUAUGAAGUCGACGGUUGUAAUGGCAAUAUCAACUACUACCGUAUGCAUGCC